AUGCUCCAACAUGAUGAACUUUUUGCAGAUGAUAUGCUUUUCCAUAUUUUUCAAUACGUGGAAGACCGAAGCCUUAUUGUCGUGUGCAGGCUUGUUUCCAAGCAGUGGUAUGGGAAAGUAAUGGAAAUGCCUUUGAAUUUGGAUUUUUCAAAGAGUCGUUUGCGUCCGAGAGUUGAUCAUCAUUCAUUGUUGUUGGAGCAAGAAGAAGAAAUUUCAGAAACUGGUUCAACAAUGACCAAACAACAGCCUUCAACAGAGCUACGAGAAGCAGAAACAAUUUCGGAAGCAACACGAAUUUAUUCUAUCCUAAGUCCUCCAAUUUCCAAUAUUACUUGCUUGAAUUUAUCCAACAAUUUAUUGGGACAAGAUCAACUGAAUACUCUAGCCUCGUGCGAAAACUUGAAAAAUUUGAAAUCAUUGGAUCUUUCUGCAAACGAUUUCAGUCGGAAUAGUUCAUCUUCAUCGUCGUCUUGCAGUGCAAUUUUUUCACUCGUAUGGAGUAAAUUCAUGUCUAACUUGACAAGUUUGAAUGUCAAUGCUACAACACUCGAAGAUGAAGGAAUAAUAGCUAUUGCAGCAAGCCCAGUCAUGUCCAACUUACGCGAGCUUUAUGUACAAACAAAUUCGCUCACCAGAGCAAGUGUUGAAGCAAUUGGAAAUAGCAAGACUCUGACAAAUCUUACAAUAUUGGAUCUUGCUUAUAAUAAGAUUCAAGCCUGCGAUGUUGAAUGCUUGACACAAAGUAGCAACAUGAAAAAUCUUACUCUAUUGGAUUUAAGCCAUAAUGCUGUUCGUCUUGUGGGUGCAAGAUGUAUUGCCUCAAGCAAAUAUUUGAAUAACAUUAGAACGUUAAAUUUGGCAAAUGCUAUUGAUGAUGAAGGGGUGAAGGUGCUCAUUACAAGUCACUCUAUGAGCAAUUUAACACAAUUGAAUUUAGAAGGAGUUUAUUCGCCAAGAAUAACUCCAAAACAUCCCUUUCCAAUGUUUGCCUCCAGCGUUUUCAACAGUAGUUUAACCCACUUAUCCAUACAGAUUCGUUUUGUCGUACCCAAGGCGUUUAUGAAGGAUAUUACCGUACUUCACAACUUGCAGUACUUGAAACUUUCGUUUUCUCCAAUUGACAUUGAUGGAGCAAAGGAAUUAGCUGCCCACGAAAGUUCGAAACGUCUCAAAACGCUUCAUUUGAUCUGUUGUAAAAUCAGCGAAGAAGCGGGUGCUUUACUCAUGCAGAGCCCACAUUUGGUAAAUUUAACUAGUUUAAAUUUGAGUGGGAACCAAUUAGACGGCACGUUAUUAUUUAACUCAUCCAUGUACACAACAAAUCAUUUCGAAAAAUUAACAUCUUUAGAUCUAAGCUCGAACGGUAUCAAGUCUGACGGAGCUGUUCUGAUGUCCCAAUGCUCUCGAUUAUUAAGGAACGUUAAAGAAUUGAAUUUAAACUACAAUACCAUUAACGACCAAGGACUCUCAGCAUUGGCGUCCUGCAAAUAUUUGAGCAAUUUAACUAUUUUAAAGCUGAGUAGCAAUGGGAUUGGUGACUAUGGAAUUGCUUCUCUUUGUGAGAGCGAGCAUUUGAAACAUCUGACACAUCUCAAUCUUUUUGCGAAUUCACAAAUUUACAGCGAAGGUGCAAUCUCUAUUGCCAACAGUGUUAAUAUGAAGAAUUUAACAUGUUUAAGGUUGAAUAAUUGCAAUAUUGGAUCGAAGGGUGCCGUGGCAUUAGCCUCAAGCGAAUUGAUGCAAAACUUAACAGGGUUACAUGUGUCCUGUAAUUGCAUUUCAUCAACAGGAGCUCUUGCUAUUGUGUCAAGCAAGUACUUGACCAAGUUGCAAGAGCUCGACAUGCAAGGCAAUGUAUUUGGGGGUAAUACAUACGAAGAGAUUGCCACACGACUAUCCACAUUCAAAUAUUUGACAACAGUUGUCAUACAAAGGCAGAGACAUUUUAUAUGA